AUGUCGGUGGAAGAAUGUGCUCCUAAAACUGGUGUUACAUCUCGGGAUGAGGUGAAUGUCCUGAAAAGGAAUUCAGAUGAUGUGGGAUGGGAGUAUGGGUUUCUGGUGGAUGCAAACAACAAGGACAAGGUGGAGUGCAAGUUCUGUGGUCAUCGGAGCCAAGGAGGGGUCCAUCGGUUGAAGGAACAUGUGGCCAAUGUUGGAACAAAUGUGAAGAAAUGCAGGAACAGCACAGAGGAGGCUCAAGACAAGUGCAAGAAAUCACUAGAAGAUUCAAAAAGGAAGAGGAAGGAGCAGGCUGCUCGUGAACUAGAGCUUAGAGAAGAAAUGAAUGUUUCUCGGGUUAGAACAGAGAAUGAUGAAGUGACUUAUGUUGGAAGUUUAGAGCCUCACAAAUUAGGACCCAUUGAUACGUGGACACGUGCUAUUGAUCCUAAAGCAACAAAAUCUAAAUCUUUGAAGCAACAGAAGCCGAACAAGGAACUUUGGAAAGAAAGAAGACAUGAGGUGCAUAAAUAUAUUGCAAGAUGGGUCUAUACACAUGCCACAUCAUUCAAUGCUUGUGACAAUGAUGAGUUCAAGCAAAUGUGUGAAGCAAUUGGACAGUUUGGUUCUGGACUUGAACCUCCAUCUCUGCGUGAUCUACGAGAGAGUUUGCUAGAUGAAGAAUAUGCAAGAACCAAGAGUUUGCUAUAA